AUGGUUGAAGAGUUCAUGCAAGUACCAACAGCACAGGCAUGCUCAACAGAAUCAAACAUAGCAUUAAUAAUAUUGGACUUUGAUGCCAAUUCUGCCAAACAUGGAUUUGCAGUUGAGCCAGAAAGUACAGAACCUCGUCCAAAUGAGCCCACACCAGUUGAACGUCAAGGUUUGAAUAGGGGCAGCUAUGACAACACAAUAGUGAAUGGAACGAAGGACCACGAAAAGCAUGUGCCUAGUUCUGAGGCCCUAACAUGGGUGCAGUCGCAAUCCACGCUGCUCUGUCACAUUAAAAGGCCACGCCAUGGACCAGUUGUCUCUAGUCUCAGUCCAUCCUUCCAACACCUAUUUUGUGAAGUAAAUACUGCACAUGACAAAUCUGGUAAGCCUUGUGAUGGGGGAAAACAGUAG